AUGAAAAACCUGGUAUACCACCAGAAAAUCGGAUUCCUCACACGCGACCAUGUACUCAACUCAGAAUCUUUUUGUCGAUACAGAGCGGGGAGCUACAAACUCGACAAACGUGACACGCUGCAUAAUGUUAUCAUCAGAUUCUAUCUAAACGAUGUUCACCGGCUUAGUAUGGGACCUACGAAGGGAACAACACUUGUACUACAAAAUCAGGAUAUCGUGAUGCAUAGCGUCAUACGUCGACCAGGAAGAGAUAGUUUCGCCUUCAGUCCGGCUCCGGCUUCAAAGCCGACGGCAGGAAAACCGCCAUGA